AUGGCAGAGGCAGAGACCCGUCAGAAGCUGCUGCGCACCGCCAAGAAGGAGGUGAAGCAAAUUAUGGAGGAAGCUGUCACCAGGAAAUUUGUUCAUGAAGACAGCAGCCACAUCGUGUCCUUUUGUGCUGCAGUGGAGGCCUGCAUUCUGCAUGGGCUAAGGCGGCGAGCAGCUGGCUUUCUUCGUAGCAACAAGAUAGCAGCGCUUUUCAUGAAAGUGGGGAAAAGCUUCCCACCGGCUGAGGAGAUGUGCAGGAAGGCCCAGGAGCUCGAGCAGAUAAUUGAGACAAAGCGAAGCCAGAGUUUGCAAAGUCAGGACAGCCUUCGAAAAUUGCCCCGACUCCCCAGCCUCAAUCCCCAGGGAGUCAAGAACUUGUGGAUCCGGACGGCUCUGUUUGAGAAAGUGCUGGACAAGAUUGUCCUCUACCUGGUGGAGAACAGCAGUAAAUACUACGAAAAAGAAGCUUUUCUAAUGGACCCUGUAGACGGACCUAUCCUUGCAUCAUUGUUGGUUGGACCCUGUGCUUUGGAGUACACAAAAAUGAAGACGGCUGACCACUUCUGGACAGACCCCUCUGCUGACGAGCUAGUGCAAAGACAUCGCAUCCACAGUGGUCACUGCAGGCAGGAUUCACCCACUAAGAGGCCCGCACUGUGUAUCCAGAAGCGACACUCCAGCAGCAGCAUGGAUGAGCGCCCCUCCCCCUCCCCAUCAGCUCGUGAAUAUGUGGAGUCACUGCAUCAGAACAACAGGGCCACACUGCUGUUCGGCAAGAACAACGUGCUCGUACAGCCGAGGGAUGACAUGGAGGCCAUCCCAGGUUACCUCUCUCUGCACCAGACUGCUGACCUCAUGACACUGAAAUGGACUCCAAAUCAACUUAUGAAUGGCUCUGUUGCAGACUUGGACUAUGAACGCAGUGUGUACUGGGACUAUGCCAUGACAAUCCCUUUGGAGGAGAUAGUUUACUUGCACUGUCACCAACAAGUGGACAGUGGGGGUACGGUGGUGCUGGUCAGUCAAGAUGGGAUCCAACGGCCUCCACUUCGCUUCCCCAGAGGAGGCCAUUUGCUCCAGUUCCUCUCCUGCCUGGAAAACGGCCUGCUUCCUCAUGGCCUACUGGACCCUCCACUCUGGUCCCAGAGGGGGAAGGGGAAGGUGUUCCCUAAAAUCAGGAAGAGGGUACCACUGGGAUCUGCAUCCUCAGACUCGGUCUCAGACAAAGAGGAGGACGAGGCCACAGACUAUGUCUUCCGCAUCACGUUUCCAAACAGCCAGCCAGAUUUUGCUUCUCCUCCAGAUCUCAUGGAUCAGGGAGUCUCAAUGUGGCAUCCAACUCUCAGGAAGUCGUCGUGUUCCUCCUGUUCUCAGGGCAGCUUCUCUGAUGGGGUGACACACAAGGGGUGCAACCACGAGAGGACUCCUCUGAAGCUGCUGUGCGACAACAUGAAAUAUCAGAUCUUCUCCAGGGCAUUUUAUGGCUGGCUGGCAUACUGCCGUCACCUGUCCACCGUGCGCACACACCUCUCCGCUCUCGUCAAUCACGCCAUCGUGGCCCCGGAUGUGCCCUGUGACGCCUACGGUGGACUCACUGUGGAUGUGUGGAAGACCUUCCUCCAGGACUGCACAGCGUACAAGGAGCAGGAGCUGCUCCGUCUGGUGUACUUCGGUGGUGUGGAGCCCUCGCUGCGUAAAGAAGUGUGGCCUUUCCUGCUGGGUCACUACACAUUCGGAAUGACUGAGGCAGACAGGAAAGAGGUGGAUGAACGAAUCCGACUGUGCUACCAGCAGACCAUGCGUGAGUGGCUGAGCUGCGAGGAGAUCGUCCGCCAAAGAGAGAAAGAGCAGCAUGCUGCAGCACUGGCCAAGUGCUCGACUGGGGCGAGCAUGGACAGUUCCAGUCAGAGGAUGAUCCAUCGUGAUUCCACAGUGAGCAAUGAGUCCCCGUCCUCCCCCAGCUCAGACAGGCAGAGUCUGGCUCGCCUGCAGAGUGAUUCCAGCAACAGCACUCAGGUGUUUGAGUCUGUGGAGGAGGUGGACCAGAUAGAGGUUGAAACCAAGAAUGAGGAGGCCAAACAAGUGGCCAAAAUGCCCAAUGGAGCUCUUCAAAACGAGACUAGCUCCCCCGACUCCGGGCAUCCGUCCUCCCGAAACUUCUCCAUCACCUCUGGCCUGUCGGAUGGAUCUCUCAGCACGGAGGACAGCUCUGCCCCCGACAGCACCCAGAGAUCUGCAGCUGUGCCUCAGCCAUCACAGGGCCCCGUCAAAGCGGAGGAGGGUGAACCUCUGACAGAGAGAACGGACACCCAGGUGAUAGGUGAAGGGAAGGACAGAGGGAAUGAAGAGGAAAAGGUGAUCGAUGGUACCAAAACUACAGGAAACGCAAAGUCUAAGAUAAAAGAUGAGAACUUGUGCAAAAAAGAAACAGCUCUGCCCUCUGAAACUCAAGGAAAUACUGCCUCAGAAAUUAUUAAGAGAGAGGGAAACAGUUUUAAAGAUAAAAACCCUGACAUCGCUGUGAAAGAAAUUAAACCUGCAGAGUCACCAGAACCAAGAAAAGAAGUGUCUGAAAAGAACACCAUGAAAAUAACAGCCACACAAUUAAAAAGCGAGUACACUGAAAAAAAGCAAAAGGAUGAAAUUACAGUUGACAUUGAAGGUGCUUCCAAACUUGAAGAAGCAACUGUGAAAAAGAUUGAGGAAAUAGAUAAAUCGAAUAGUUUAGAGACUCAAGGGAGAGACAAAUUAUUCCAAGGACCCGGGGCUCCUGAAGUGGAAAAGAAUCUUGAUCUCUCCAAAGAUACACCAGUCUCUGAAAUGGGGGAAGCCUACUGUUCUUCUCAGAGAGAGAAGCCUCAGAUCAUGACCGAGUCUGAUGAGUCUCCCUCAGCCUUAGAGAUGGAGGAGAUCCCCAAACCCAAAGUUUCCACGGUGCCUUGGAGCAGGAAGGGACAUUGUGAAACCUCGUCUGCCUUUGACAGCUCGUUCCCUCACAUGGAGCUCAGGCAGAAGGAGGAAAAGCUCAGUCCAGAGGGGUCUGAAUCCAACCUGUCAGAACCAGAGAUGGAGAGCCUUUACCCUCCGUUUGAGUCCACAUCCACGCCCGGAAACUCAAGGAAGGACGGGACCUGUGGAGAAUCAGCUGGGAGCACUUACUCUCAAGAACUUUUAGACCUGUAUACGCUCAAUCUGCACCGUAUUGAAAAGGACGUUCAGCGCUGUGACAGGAACUACUGGUACUUCACUCCCACCAACCUGGAGAAGCUGCGCAACAUCAUGUGCAGCUAUAUCUGGAGGCACCUUGACAUUGGAUAUGUUCAGGGAAUGUGUGACCUGCUGGCUCCACUUCUAGUCAUUCUGGAUGAUGAGGCACUAGCUUUUAACUGUUUCACUGAACUCAUGAAGAGAAUGAAUCAGAAUUUUCCACACGGAGGGGCAAUGGACACUCAUUUUGCUAACAUGCGUUCUCUCAUCCAGAUUCUGGAUUCUGAGCUGUUUGAGCUAAUGCACCAGAAUGGAGACUACACGCACUUCUACUUCUGCUACCGCUGGUUUCUCUUAGACUUCAAGAGAGAGUUGGUGUAUGAUGACGUGUUCGCAGUCUGGGAAACCAUCUGGGCAGCCAAGUAUGCCUCCUCCAAUCACUUCGUCCUCUUCAUAGCUCUGGCGCUGGUGGAAAUGUACAGGGACAUCAUUCUGGAGAACAACAUGGACUUCACCGACAUUAUUAAGUUCUUCAAUGAAAUGGCCGAGCGGCACAACAUCAAGCAGAUUUUGACCCUGGCCAGAGACCUGGUUUGCAAGGUGCAGAUUCUGAUAGAGAACAAGUGAAUGUGCUGGUUGUCCUGUUUUCCUUCCAUAAAAAGCAUGAUGGGCAGUAGCAGCACAAUAAAAAAAAAACAUACUCUCUCACACACACCACACUACACAAAGCCCUCACAAUCAGUUUGCUGCUAAGAACAUCAUUGGCUUUAUUCUGUGUGUUUUUAGUUGUCAGCAGGUAUAUCAGAAUAUUAAGCUUAAUGUGUGUUGUAUGUUCAAAAGAAAGCAGGUGAAACUACUAAACUUUUACUUUCUUGGUGAUUUCCUUAGAAAUCCCUCUGGUGUCAGUAUUGAUCGGAGUGCGCUUUGAGAAAAAAGUAAUUCUUGUUGCACACCUCAAGCCAAAAACCCAAAUCUGAAUUUAUUUAGAGACUAUAUUUAUGGGAAUAUAGAUUGUGAUAGUAGUUUAUAUGAAUUAUUUUAUUAGCCAAAAAUUUUAAGAAAUGACAUUUAUCAGCAAGUCAUCCCUUAGUGAAUGUCUAUAGGUUUUAUAUAAAGGUUGUAUAACACAAACUAAUCCAGAAGACUGACCGAGAGCCUGAUAUUUUACCCAAACUGUUCUGUUAAGCAUGCAAACAUCAUGAUCAUUAAGCUUUUAGCACCAUUUUAAUGAUUUAACAACACUAUUGUUAAAUCUGUGUUGUCAUUGUUAUUGAACUUGCCUGCCAAUUGUCUAAUGACCUAUGAAAUGUUGAGUCCUUCGAGAAAAAUGUGUAAGAAAAUUACAAAUACAUUGCAUUUUGUUGAUCAUAACUUAAUAGCUGAGUGGCUAACGGAUGUGUGGGCAGAUAGUUUAUAUGUAUAAAAAAACAAGCCUAAUUUGAUCAUCCUUGUGUGCUGUUUUGCAUUAUCCAGUGAACCUCUGUAUAUUUUUUUAAUUGUGGGGUUUAAUAACUUUGAUUAUAGACAUUUCUUGUCAUGUUUGGUGGCUGCUUGCUAAAUCAUAUUUUAGUUUAUAGAUUGUAAAAGAUUAUUGGGGCAGAUCAGAUGAGGCAGUAGUGACAUUUGGGAUGACCAAAUGAGGCACUGUUCAAAUUAUUUUUGUCAAAAUGUGGUUUGAAGAACACAACGAAAAAAGGAAGGUACAGUAAGACACAUUUUCAACAUUAACUGCAACUGAUCUGAUGUUGUGAAGUGAACAGUUUAAAUAUUUUGGCAGACUUUGAUCAGACAUUCACCCUUGGUCCAAGUUACCAAGACUCGUGCCUGUCAUUCAUAGCCUAAAACUCCAGUCAAAUGUUCAAGUGUUGUUUCACAAAUAUAGCAAGUUCAAUGGCAUUUAACAUAUGUGUUUCUUUGUGAAUGGUAAUACAGACUAUUUAUAAUUUAUUGUAACCUUUAUAUGCUAAAGUACUUGUGUUUUGUUUUUUAAAUGUAUUUAUUGAUUAUUUCUCUCACUCAGAUGCUGCUUUGUUUGUAAAGCUGAUAUUUUUAUUUUUUGGUCGGUUCUAAAUGUGUACUGUUUAUUAAUCAGAUUAUAUACACUCCUAGGUCAUAUAUCUAUAUAUUGAAUUGAAUGGUACAUGUUCUUGUUAUGAAAAAUAAAAAAU